GCCCACGCCGAUCUCAACACGCCCGCCACCUCGCCGUCCGGCUCGGCGCACGGCAUGCCGGUGGCGCUGCUAGCCAAGGACCUCGCGGACUACUGGCCCUACCUACCGGGCAUGGACUGGCAGGUCCCCAAUUCGCGGCGGGCUGACGCUGCGCGAGGGAAUCCACAUCAUGGAGAAGGUGCACGAGACGGGCCGGCUGGCCGCCGUGGACCUGGUGGAGGUGAACCCCGGCCUGGGCAGCGAGCGCGACGUGCGCACCACGGUGCAGGCCGCGCUGCAGCUGCUCAUGGCCGCCUUCGGCCACUCCAGGCUGGGCAACAUGCCGCGCGCCCAGGAGCUGCCCCUCACCAAGGGCGCCACCCUGACGACGGCCAAGGGCGCCGCGGGCACGGGCACGGGCGCGGCCACGGCCACGGGCGCGGCCACGGCCUCCAAGGACGGCUGACGGGCACCCUAGGCUGGACAACAGGCCGCGCGCCCAGGAACUGCCCCUCACCAAGGACACCACCCUGCCGGCUAAGGGCGCCGCGGGCACGGGCGUGGCCACGACCUCCAAGGGCAGCUGAAGGGCGCGCCAGGCUGGCCCCGGGCUCCCUGAUGGCGCAGUCCCUCUGCCACGGAUCACGGAUCAUCCACCGCCUCACGAUAGCUGCUGCUGUUUGAAUUUUGUCAUUGUUUCCGAAGGGGAAUGGAAAUAUCCGGUCCGCUUUGACUGCUGUGCAGUCUUUGAUAUGUGCUUAGAGUGUAAACCCUCAUGCCGACCAUUGUGUCGUCAUUACUUAUUCCAAAGAUGUAUUAAUAGAAUUGUUUUAAUUGAAAUAUACAUAAAAUUUACAUCACA